UUGCGUAGGCCUGAUUGUGUUUGACAUUCGUUUCACAUUGUAUAUGAAGUGUAUAUGUUUUCCAAUUUAUUUAAAUGCUACAUACAAUGUGUAUACAACGGAUUUUUAUAUUUUUCUUGUGACAAUUGAUGUAAAUAGAAAUACUUUGCCAAUACUAAGAUAAGAAUUUAAAAAAGGGCAUUAUAAAGAGUUGAUUUGAUCACUGUCAAAAUGCGGAGUCGAAGUAAUUCUGGAGUUCGUUUGGAUUAUUACCAACGAAUUGUGCACAAGAUUAUUAUGAAUCAUCAGAAUGCAGUUACAGGUCUUUUCCCUGCAAGUCCUGAGAAUGAUCAUGCGUGGGUUCGUGACAAUGUAUACUGUAUUCUUGCUGUAUGGGGCUUAUCAAUGGCAUAUAAAAAGAUAGCUGAUGCGGACGAAGAUAGAGCAAAAACGUAUGAACUUGAACAAAGCUGCGUGAAAUUAAUGAGAGGUCUACUAAUGGCAAUGAUGCAACAAAAAGAAAAAGUUGAAAAAUUUAAAUCCACUCAGAAUCCACAUGAUUCUUUACAUGCCAAAUAUAGUUCUGUUAAUGGGCAAACUGUUGUGGGUGAUGCAGAAUGGGGUCACCUCCAAAUAGAUGCCAUUUCUCUUUAUUUGUUAGUUCUAGCACAAAUGACAGCAUCUGGUUUACAAAUUGUUUUUAAUUUAGAUGAGGUUGCAUUUAUUCAAAAUUUAGUAUUCUAUAUUGAGUCAGCCUAUUGCACUCCCGAUUAUGGAAUUUGGGAAAGAGGUGAUAAAACAAAUCAUGGUUUACCAGAAUUAAAUGCUAGCAGUAUUGGAAUGGCUAAAGCAGCAAUGGAAGCUAUGAAUGAAUUAGACCUGUUUGGUGCACGGGGUGGUCCUACCUCUGUAAUUCAUGUAUUAGCAGAUGAAGCACAAAAAUGUCAAGCAGUUUUACAGUCUAUGUUACCACGCGAAUCAAACUCAAAAGAAUUAGACAGUGGAUUAUUAGCUGUUAUAAGUUUCCCAGCAUUCGCUGUUGACGAACCUAAUCUUAUUCAGUUAACAAGGGAUACUAUUACUAAAAAACUACAAGGUCGUUAUGGAUGUAAACGAUUUUUAAGAGAUGGAUAUAAAACACCUAAGGAGGAUCCCAACAGACUCUAUUACGAACCAUGGGAAUUACGUAUGUUCGAAAAUAUAGAAUGUGAAUGGCCCUUGUUUUUUUGUUAUUUAAUUGUGGACUAUUGUUUCCAAGACAAUAAAGAAAUAGUACUAGAAUAUACAAAACAAUUGGAAGAAAUAAUGCUCAAAUCAGAUGAUGGAGUAAAAUUGGUGCCUGAAUUAUAUUCUGUAGAACCUGCAAGUGUAUCUGCAGAGUAUGCUGAACCAGGUAGUCAAAAUCGAAUUGCAUUAGGUAGAUGUCCAUUUAUGUGGGCUCAAUCUCUGUACAUAUUAGGGAAACUAUUACAAGAAGGUUUCCUUGCUGUGGGAGAAUUGGAUCCAUUGAACAGACGUUUAUGUAGUGAGAAAAAACCAGAUGUUGUAGUACAGGUUGUUAUACUAGCAGAAGAUGCAGAAAUAAGAGAAAAAAUAGCUCAACAUGAUAUACAUGUACAAACAAUUGCAGAAGCUGCUCCAAUAGAAGUACAGCCAGCAAAAGUACUUAGUCACUUGUAUACUUACUUAGGACGAAACAAAAAAUUAGGUUUAUCUGGACGUAAAUCAAGGGACGUAGGAAUUUUAAGCACCAGUAAAUUAUAUUCCUUGAAUGAUAAAAUAUUUGCAUUCACUCCACAGACCUUUGACGCGGAGGAGUACUACACAACAAAUGAUGCAGCCCUCCUUGCCAACACUUUUACAACCAACUUGGCCUUCCUCACCAUCAACUGGAAGCAAAUGCUGGGCAGGCCAACUAUAACACUUGUUGCUACUCAUAAUCAUCUAGAUCAAGGAAAAAUACCAUUGGCUAUGAUAACGACCAUGAAAAAAUUAAAAAGUGGUUAUAUUAAUGGCACGCGAGUUUCAUUGGGAAAUUUGAAUGAUUUCUUAAGUACUUCCUGCAUUACAAACUUGAGUUUCUUAGGAAGUUCUGAAGAUGGUAGACCAGACAAACUAAACCCUCAGGUUCAGCAAUAUCUAGAGGAACAUCUAAUGCGUGCAUUUCCGCAUCGUACUGGCCUUCUUAACAGGCCAGUAAUUCGAUCUGGAAAAAAUUUGAAACGUAGGAUGUCUGUAAAAGGUGCUAUAAAGAAAACAAGGUCAAUUGCUGUAGAACCUGAAAUUCUUGGGAUGGCAGGAGAGGAGCGAAGACCAUCCACUAUUUUAAACACAAAUCCAUUUAUUGAAGUCACAGAUACAACGUUAAGUCCUAAUUCUACGCAGCCGGUUCCUGUUGAUCGCACACCAUCCCCCACAGAUGAUAUACUGUCUUGGACAAAUUGUUCAAAGCUACAUAGACAUAGAGGUAUGGAAACUCAAUAUGCAGACACUGAAGUUGAAGAAUUAUUGUCUAUGCUUAGAGAAACCGAAAGUUUGGAAGAACAAGGAGACAUUCUGCAAUAUCUCGUUGAUUCACAAGGUCUUUAUUUUAAUACUGGCAUGCUAGAAGAGGAGCAUCCAGUUCUCAUUAAAGAUUUGUUGAAAGACCUUUAUGAAAAAGCUUGUCAACAAAAAAUGUGGGGAAUUGUACGUCACACAGCUGGCAUGUUAGGCAAACGUGUUGAAGAUUUAGCGAAAGCUGUUACCGAUUUGUUAGUUCGUCAGAAACAAGUUACAGUUGGAAUGCCACCCGCUAACGAGCAUACAAUUGUUGCACCUUUACCCGAAAACGAAUUACGAGUACUGAUUCAUCAAGCGUAUGGAGACGACGAAUCUACUGCUAUGUUAACGCAAGAAUUACUUGUUUAUUUAGCAAUGUUUAUUAGAACAGAACCGCAAUUAUUUCACGAGAUGCUUAGACUCCGAAUAGGUUUAAUUAUUCAAGUAAUGGCUACUGAAUUAUCAAGAACUUUAAUAUGCACUGGAGAAGAAGCAUCUGAACAUUUGUUAAAUUUAUCGCCAUUCGAAAUGAAGAAUCUUUUACAUCACAUCAUGAGUGGAAAAGAGUUUGCGAUUAGUAGUGUUGGUCGAGGUAAUUUCUCUGUUAUCAGUUGUAAAUCAAGUAGAGUCAGUAAGAAAUCACAAAUUGGCGGUUUCUUAAGCCCCGAUCAAAAUGAUAGCAGCGAAUCAGAACCAGACCGACAAGGUCAAUGGUUACGACGACGAAGAUUGGAUGGUGCAUUAAAUAGAGUGCCGCGAGACUUUUAUCCCCGAGUAUGGCAAGUACUUGAACGGUGUCAAGGUCUGGCAAUUGAAGGUAGAGUAUUACCUCAAAACCUUACACAAGAAAUGACACCCGGAGAAUUAAAGUUUGCUUUAGCAGUAGAAACUGUUUUAAAUACUAUACCACAACCAGAAUAUCGUCAACUAGUAGUUGAAGCUUUAAUGGUACUAACUUUAGUAACUGAAUAUAAUGUCGUCGCUUCCUUGGGUGGACUUAUUACUGUUGAACAAUUAGUUCACAAGGCUAACGCUAUCUUUUUAGAUGAUCAGAUGAAAGUUGACGGUGAUGCUACCUUAUGCUGUGCCAAACCCAAAGAGCAACGGGAAACAACUGCAAUGGGAAAUCUUCUUUGCGGUGGAGCAGCAUAUGUUUGUCAACAUUUUUAUGAUAGUGCUCCAAGUGGUAGUUUUGGAACAAUGACAUAUAUUACACGGGCCAUAGCAUCAUCAUUAAAUUGUUUACCAAAGGAUGGUGAUAUGGAGUGUACCAUAUCAUAGUUAUUUAUUUCUUAGAACAAAGAAAUUGUAGUCAAUUAUAUCUACGAAUCUUAUAAAUCGUUGAAGCGUUCAUAAUUAUCUAAUUUUUGUGUGAAGUAUAUGUGGCACAUGUCCAAUAUAUUUAUGCUACUGUCAAAUCUAGAA